AUGGAGUACAUGAAACAUCAAUUCCAGUCUGCAGCGAGGAUGGUUACACCAGUGGCGUCUUAUUUCCCCGACGGUAUCCGCGGUACUGCAGAAGUUGCUGCAUAUACUGUGGCCCCAGUAGUCGGAUAUUUUGUAGUCCCGUUCGCCUUAGGCGCAGUUGGCUUUAGUGCUAUCGGCCCUGUCGCUGGUAGCUACGCUGCUGCUUGGCAAUCAUCUAUUGGGGUCGUCCAGGCAGGUUCGACAUUUGCAGCUCUCCAAAGUGCUGCGAUGACGGGGGGUGUAUCUGUCGCUGGCGGGGCCAUAGGGGCAGUCGCACCUAUUGCGAAAGCUGGGCAAACCCUCUGGUCAUGGGGCAGGAAUGCUACACGUUAUAGCUAA